AUAAGAAUUAUAAUGACUUCAGAUUGAGACGUGGGAAUUUGAAUUUGAUAGAAAAAAUGUCAAUAUUAGGAUGUAAAAAUGUCGUUUUAUUAUUCUUUGUUUCUUAUUUGAAUGUAUCACGUCUUACUAGAU